CGUCGUUUUGCGUUUCUCUUAUUAUAUAUCAAAACUACGUCGUUGUCGUCCUCUCUUCUCUCUUUCAUUCACUUCAGCCGUUGUUGUUCUCCCUCUCUGUGACGCGGACGCCGCUGCUUCUCCACCUCUCUCUUUAUUUUGGGCAUUGCCAUUGAGAAGACGCAGGACCUGUAACUUUGUGCAGGAUAGUUCAAUGGGUGAGGACAAGCAAUCAUAUAAACAGGGCAAAAGGAAAAAGGGCAUGAACAGAAAGGCUAGUGGAGAAAGACAUGGAUUUGAUGGGUACAAUUCCAACAAAAAUGCAUCUGGAAAAAUGAGUGAUGGAUCCAUGAAAGCCAGAAAAUCCUCAGAGCAUCAAAAUACCUCGGUAUCACAAACAACACAUGUCAGGAAACAGGUUGACCCUGAAAUGGCAAAGUAUUUCUUGGAAAUUGCAAAUCUUUUUGAAAGUAGUGAGGUAGACCUGGAGGAACGUUCAGUUAUAUGUGGUAAUGCUCUCGAAGAGACCAGGGGAAAAGAACUUGAAGUUGCAACAGAUUAUAUCAUAAGCCACACUUUGCAAACCCUCCUCGAGGGCUGUGAUGUGGACCACCUUUGUGGUUUUCUUCGAAGCUGUGCAAAGGACUUCCCUUAUAUUGCAAUGGAUAGAUCUGGUUCUCAUGUAGCUGAGACAGCUAUUAAGUCUUUAGCUAAGCAUCUUCAGGACAACGAUGCCUACUCAGUUAUUGAAGAAACUUUAACAAUAUUAUGCAAGGUUGUUGUAGCCAAUCCUGUUGAUUUGAUGCGUUGCUGUUAUGGAUCUCAUGUCCUUCGAAGUCUUCUUUGCCUUUGUAAAGGAGUAACAAUAGAUUCUACAGAGUUUCAUGUCACAAAGUCAUCGACAGUUCUUGCUGAACGAUUAAAUUUUAAAGCGUCCCAAAGGGAUGGAGACGAUCCUCCACAACUUCAGCAGGGAUUCCCAGAUUUAUUAAAGUUCCUCGUGUCAGGAAUGUUGAAUUGUACCAGAAAAGACAUUAUGACCCUGCAAGUUGAUCAGUUUAGCAGUUUUGUUUUGCAGACAGCUCUGAAGUUAUUGGUGGGAAAUGAUGAAGAGUUACUGCAUGUAAUUCUUAUCCUUCUUGGCUGCACCAAGAAAGAUUUUGUGGAAGGAAAUUUCAUAGAAAUGGCUGUGGUGCAAGAUGUUGUAGAUUUGAUGAAAGAAACUUCGUUUAGCCAUUUAAUGGAGGUGAUUUUGGAAGUGGCUCCUGAAAUCUUGUACAAUGAAAUAUUCACAAAAAUUUUCAAGAAUUCAUUGUUUGAACUUUCAUCUCAUCAUUGUGGAAACUUUGUUGUUCAAUCACUGAUUUCUCAUGCAAGACAUCAAGAUCAAAUGGAUUUGAUUUGGGAGGAACUUGGUCCAAAAUUUAAGUAUCUUCUUGAAAUGGGAAGAUCAGGAGUUAUUGCUUCACUCAUUGCAGCAAGUCAAAGGCUUCAUUGUUACGAACAAAAGUGUUGUCAGGCCCUUGCUGCUGCAGCAUGUUCAGUAGAUGAGGCUCCCAAAUACAUUGUUCCUAGAAUACUAUUCCUUGACAACUACUUCCGCAGUGAAAAUAAGGCCCUUUGGACCUGGACUAGUGGUGUCAAAAUGCACGUCAUGGGUUCUCUUAUUCUGCAGGCAGUAUUUCGAUAUCAAAGUGAAUAUAUUCAGCCUUAUAUUUUGAGUAUUACAAUCAUGGAAGCUGAUCAUGUACUUGAAGUAGCAAAAGAUGCUGGGGGAGCACGUGUUAUUGAAGCUUUUCUAAGUUCAGAUGCUUCUGCAAAACUAAAGCGCAGAUUGGUUGCAAAGCUUCGAGGCCAUUUUGGAGAGCUUUCAAUGCAGUCAUCAGGUUCAUUUACUGUUGAGAAGUGUUUCACUGCUAGUAACAUGUCACUAAGAGAGGCCAUAGUAUCUGAGUUGGUAACUGUGCAAAGUGAACUUUCCAAAACAAAGCAAGGCCCUCAUCUCUUAAGAAAAUUAGAUGUUGACAGAUUUGCUUCCCGACCUGAUCAGUGGAGGUCAAAACAAACAUCAAAACAAUCAACUUACAAAGAGUUCUACACUACGUUUGGAUCUAGUGAGGCCAAGUCGUCCAAACAUGAUGGUUUUCUUGUUGAUACCCCCAAGAACUCAUCACACCCAAAAGACUUGAAGGAAAUGAGGAAGGAGAUUGACCAUCACCUGUCUUCUGGUGUACCAUUUUUGAGCAUGUCAGGCUCUAAGCGCAAGCCAAAAAAAACAGAUCAGCGCAGUGGGAAAUAUCCAAAAAAUUCAGUGGAUGAUGAUAUCACCAAGGCAAAAAAGAAAAAGUUGGACAAGAAAAAAGGUCAUGGUGGGUCUGAGAAUGCUGGAGCAGCAGUGAAAAAACAGAAGACAUAAGCACAAAUCAAAAACUAUGACAAGAGGACACAGGAGAAACUGCAAGGAAGGAUGCCGUGUUGAAAGCUUCCAAAAUAUGUAGAAAACAUGAAGAUCGGUAAAAUCUACUUUUUGCUUUCAGCACAGUAAAUUUUGACCUUAAGCUGUGUAGUCUAUAACUUAAGUUGAGAAGAAACUGCUGAAAAGAUAGCCUGGCUAAAGCCUUUGCAACUGAAGUUAUAAACACGGAAGUGUACUUUGUGAUUUUGAUUUUUGUAAGAUUAGUUGCAUAGACUAAUAAGUAAUUACAAGCUGAUGGAGUAAGAGAGGAGGUUACUAUAGCCGUUUAGUUUUAGUGUCAUGCUUGUACUUUCAAUUGAAAGAAACUUUUUAAUUUUUAUUGAGCUUUUUGGUUAAGACUGGAA